AUGGCGGAAGUCGGUCUCGUAGCUUCGGUGUUUGGAAUCGCCUCGCUAGCAGCGUCCGUCUCCAAAACGCUGUUUGAUCUAGGAUAUACCAUGCGCCAUGCUCGCGAGCAGAUUCACGAGAUCGCUGGCGAGGUCACCACGUUUACCACGAUCAUCAGGCAAUUAGGAGUAGUGUUGAAGACCCAGAAGGGCUCUUUCACCGACGAGGCUGAGAAAAUGGUCGAAUCAUCCAUGAAGGAUUGCAAGAGACUGUGCAAAACUAUCCGACGUCAAGUCAGACGGAAGAAGGAGAGCCUGGUACCGGUCCGUUGGUUGUUCAAGAAGAAGAGGGCAGAAGAGCUCAAACGACGAAUGGACGCCUUGAGAAGUGUUCUGGGGUUGAUGCUUCAGGUGGUGCAAAUGGGAAGGAAGAUCGAGUCCGAUGCGACCGUUCCCGACGCUCUCUCCGAACUUCGCGAGGAAAUGAAGAUGCUCAAGAACGAAGUUUUGGCCUAUCACCGUAGCCUGCCCAAGCUGCAAGAGGCUGAAAGAGAUCUUCAGACCCCAACACAUCCAAUCCCAAAUCGGAGGGAAAGAAUCUAUUCGCAUCAUGGCCGGCGGUCACCAGUCUUUCAUUAUCCCAACAGGCCGCCGGUAUACAGGGCGGACUCGGCGGCUCCAGCGUUCGUGCCCCUCGACAGCCCGCACCGGCAGCAAGGACGGUAUGAGGAGCGGCUCGGUGACCACUGGGAGGAUCCAUCCAUACCUGUACACCCCUAUCCAGGCAAUGAAUAUGAUACUGCGGAUUCCAACUUCUCAGACUAUGCGCCGCCACCAACGCCUAUCGUGAGGGAAGAAGAAAAGCCGAAGGAUGACCUGCAUAUCUCCGGUGAUGAGGUUGAGAAAGGUCCCGUUUCACAAAUACGGCCUCUUAGGACGGAACAUGGUCAUCAGGCAAUUCCCAGACUAACUUACCAUGCAUCCCAGAGGCUCAUUGCUGCCAUGCCUUAUAACCCCACAGCACCGAUCAGACCACCAGCAGGACCAGCCCGGCUCACUGCUAGUACAACACAACUCCACGCGCGGCAUGUCUCCAACCCAACCUCUCCAGACGAUGAGGCAACGAACGCGCUCAAGCUAUUGUUCACCCGGUGGACCAAGGUCAAUCCGCGACUGAUUGAAGAUGUGCUGGACAAGGACAUUCCCAGCGCACGUCCGCCUCCGAUAAUCCCCACUGACCCCCUGUCUGACGAAACAGGGUCGGAAAGCGAUGCCUCACGCGGCCGGCGGCCGUGGUACGAUGUCGACAGUGACUUGUCGUCCGCUUACUCACGGUCGAGAAGCCGGCAUCGGCCACAUUCACCCCACGAGCCAUCAAACAGCUAUGAGCGCCCGCGGCGUGGCACUCCUCCACUGCUGGGGCCUGAUUCAGUCAACUGGGGGACGCCUGCUUAUAGAUAUACUGCAGGUCAGAUGUUCCCAGUACUCCGAGAUGCCUGGCGGUCACCUCAGUUUGAGGAGCCACCGCUUGCGAAACUCCUCGCUACUGUCAACGCUCGCUUCGUGUGGAUGGUUCGCAACCCUGAAGAGUUGACGUAUUGGGUGGAUGGCCAGGCAUGCGUGCGAUAUCGUAUGACUCCGCCGAGUCAUAUGUACAUGAUGCCGGAGAAGAGUGAGACUAUCCUGCCAAAGCAAUGGGUGCUGAAAGAAGUGGCUGAGCUAUUCGGCUUCGUAUGCAAUGAGGAUGGAGCAGCCCACUGGGUGAUCGACAAGACGUUGACUUAUGUCGAGGUCAGGCAGCUUGUCGAGGUGUCGUCCCAUCUGAUAGAAAAGGACAUCCGCAAAAUGGCCCAAGACAAGGUGCAAAAUUGGAACGUGGACACCGGUGCAGAAUAUCGAAGACCUGAGACCUCAAACGUGCCGCCACCGUUCCCCUAUUUUCCCCCGGAUCAGCCCCCAGGCCAGCACACAGGUCCUUUACUUCCCAUGCCUGGAACUAUGGACGUGCAAUUGACAAGGGGUGAAAUUCCUCCCCUCCAAAGCGCGGCUGACUCAGCCAACCAUCCAGAAGAAAAGACCUCUAGAGACAAUGACGGUGAGUAUGAAACAGGAGAGGAGGAACCGGAGGAGAGUAUGAGUGUCCUCAGCAGCCAGAUCAGCUACAAGGAACGCCUCACGCCGUCGCGGUCGAAUAAAUCCAACCAAGGCGGAACCAGCAGCAGCAGCAAUGUAUCUCCUCCAUCUACCGGAAGGAAGGUCCAGGUGGGCACGGAGAGUAGGAAGAACCAUGACCCCGACCGGACACGGGACUCGAAGUUUUCGAGAUAUUCAAGAGAUGAGCGGAAGAAGGUCAGACCGCUGCAGACGGUUGUGUCUAGCCAGGCCCAGAGUCAGGCCACGGACACGGGAAAUCGACGUCGCCAUCGGGAUCGCAAGCGGUAUUGA